AUGUCUAUUGCCAUGGAUAGAGCGAUGAUGGCGCUCAACCUAGAAGAAGAAGACGUGCCUUUCAAGAUGCCAACACUACCUGGGUUUAGCUCGGCUGAAGAUAACAAACUGAGUCUGAUAGGUCGAGUUCUAAACCCAGAGUGUCAAAAGAUGUCAAACUUGAUAUACAGGAUGCCAAGGAAGUGGGGAAAAGAAGGAAGAGUCCGUGGGGUUGCUCUGUCUGCAGAACGUUUCCAAUUCUUCUUUCAAAAGGAGCAUGACCUCUUAGAUGUUCUUGAGAAAGGGGUCCAAACCUGCAACGAGUGGGUUAUUGUGCUGGAACGCUGGGUGGAGAACCCUCCAGAAGAUUACCUGCAACAUGUGCCUAUUUGGGUCCAAAUCAGUAAAAUCCCGGUGAACCACUACACUGAGAAAGCUCUUACGGCAUUGGGGGAUAUCGUGGGCGAAACCAUGGUUGUUGCUUACGACCCAUCCAAGCCCAUUACUCAGCCGUUUGUCAGGGUUAAGGUUAAGUUCAACGUCGCGAAGGCUUUGCGACCCUCGAAGGUGAUUGAUCUGGGGGAAGGAAAAACAGCUGUGGUUCACUUUCACUAUGAAAAUAUCCAGAAGCGCUGUUUUACUUGCUUCCGUCUUAACCAUGAGAAGUCAAUUUGCCCUCUGACGGUGAAUCGACGCCGAGAGGAAGCCAGAGUCAGAAGAAUGAAAAUCCAAGAGGAGUUAGCUCUAAAGCAGCCUAUUAUCCAGCCUCAGGACCCACUGUAUGGAGUUCUCUCCGAUGACCAGGUGGGGAUAAACCCUGAUACAGGCCGUCCUCGAAUUGCUGAAGAAGUCCUACAGGAGAUGAGAAGGUACCUUCUUGCCAACACAGGGGAGGAUCAGGCUAUCAAGAUUGACAGAGUCAUAAACUCAGUCAAAGAAGCUGAGUCUGAUCCGAUGGUGCAAAGAGCUUGCCUUAGGUUGGAGGCUCCUCCUGAGUUUACCAAAGAUCUUAACAGAGAAAAAGGCCUAGUUUUUGAUUAUGGAAAGCAGCUGGCGAUCCAGGAGAACAAGGCUCAGGCCCCUAAACCAGACAAGCUGAUGGCAGCCUCUUUCAAGGCUUUCGAAACUCGGAGUCUUCCUGGGAAGGGAGAUCUGUACAGCUCAGAUGGAAAUUCAAGCAGCUUCAACUCAUCUCGCUCUGUUUAUCCAACGGUUUUCAAGUCAGAGGCUUGGGAGUCUGGCUCAUCCGGGACUAACAGAAUGCGAAUCACUCAACGUAAGAGGCCUUCGAAGGCGAAAAGAAAGCAAAGAAAAGGAGGAGCCGCAAAGGAGGAGCUAUGUGAAAGAUUUGCACAAAGAGAGGGGAAGCAAGCUGCGGGUGCAAAAAAGAGGAAGCUUGAAGAGAAAGAGGAGUCAGGAAGAUCAACACCAAAGGCGUGCUGCCUUAAGGUGAUCCCACAUGAGGGAUUGCCAAACGCCCAAUGA